UUAAAUAUUUCAAAUACUUAUUUUUUAAAUAGUUCUUGAAAACUUCGAAUUUUUUUAUUGUUAAUAUGAUUAUAUUUUUAAUAGAUAUAGAUAUUAAAAAAUUUAAGGUGUACAAAUCUAUAUGUGCGGAGCACGUUUAUUUGCUAUGUUAUUGCGAUUUAUUACGUCAAAAUUUAUUUAUGAAUUCAGAAAGAAAAUGGCAAUUCAUUAACAUAUUAAUAUUGAAUUAAUUUUAUAAUUUACAUUUGUCUUGACGUAUAUAAGUAGAAGAGUGUAACACGUACGUAGACCGUAGUGGUACACAUUGUACAUAUAUGGACAUACAGUCAGUCUCGAAAACAUUUAGACACUAGCCCAACUUCAUAUUCUACUUGAUGUAAAAAGAAGUGAGUCUUUAUGUCUCAGAAAUAUUCGGACAAUUUAUAUAUUGAUGUUAAAAGAUCUAAACUGAUAAUUUUUUAUAAAAGUUUGAUAUAUAUAUCCGGGACUCCUUUUGUUUAAUAACAUAUUUUAAGCACUUUAAUAUGUUGAAGAUUAUGUUUUGUUAGUAAUCGAGACUGUAUUUUAUUCCUCUAUUAUACGAAUUUACCAUUUUUCUUUAUUUAUUUAUUGUUGUCUUUUACUAAUUCUACGGUCCAGAUCAUUCUAUAUUUCUAGUCAUACUUCUGUAAGAAUAAAUACAAGAAUAUUAGGCCAUAUCAAAAAUUUAAGUUAAACAAAAAGCAACAAUAAAUACUAAAGAAAAAUGAUUAAAUUCGUCUAAUUUAUACGUAUAAAAUAAAGUUCCCGAAAAGCAUCUGUAUAUUUGGAUUAAUCUCAAGAAUCACUGGACAGACAUUGGUGCGAUUUUCAUUAUUUUAAAGCGCAUUUCUCGAAUAAGGUUUAGGUGUGAAACAUUAACCUAUGACGAAAGGAAGCAGGAGUCGAAAAUAUAAACCAGAGAUUACAGAUAUUCACAACGCAACAACGAUCUUCUUCGCUACAAUCGUAUUUUGUUUAAAAUCUGCCACGAUAUAGCGAGGAAAUAUGAUCCCCCCUUCGAGCAAUGUCUUUCUCUUUUCGAUGUGCGGCAUGUCUGAUGUUUCACGACUUCAUUGUAUGACAAUCUGUGUUAUUUCGCGAACUGCAGAAUAAUUACCGAGCCAAUAGAAAUUCACAAAAUCGUCAGCCAUUUUAUUAAAAAAGAUUAUAUGUAUAAGAUUUCGGGCAAAGAUAGGGUAUAUCAGAGGCUAAUAAAGGAUUAAAAUACAGUAUCGAUUACUCACACAAGAUGAUUUUUAAUAGAUUAAAUUAUUUAAGAUAAUUAUUGAAUAAAAGUAAUCGGAUAAAAUAUUACACUUUUAUAAAAAAAACUGCCAUUUCAGUCCUUUUAACAUCAAUUUAUAAGUGCCCAAAUAUUUUUGAGGCCGGCUAUAUAUAGUUUUGCAUUUUGUACUGGAUUUUUUUUAACAUUGGAGGGACAAAGUCAUUCACAUUAACAUUUUUACAGUUUUAGAAAUUAUUCUUAAUUACCAAGGUGAAGUUCGUAGAAGCUAUAUAGGAAAUUGCUACGUUCCUGCUCGGGUUAAAUGCUGUAUGUACAUAUGUAAAUAUGUAUGUAUGUAUGAGUAGCGUACUACACUUACAUACUAUACUUGACUCUACCCGUAAUCGCCAGUUCACGUUGUACAUCCGACGAGUUAUGAAUUCGAAAGGCACGUAGAAGUAUAAUAAUUAUUUAUUAUUACUGUUAUAAAUAAGUAAAGUCACACUGAAUUAAAAAAUAUAAAUAUGAAAUCGAAGAAAACAAAUAACGUCGGAUUAUUGUAUUUAAAGACUUAUAAUUUGCUACAAGUAUUUGGUUGGAGUUAUAUACUUUAUAAAUUUGUAGUGAAUGAUUUUUCUUCUACGACAGAAGCAAAUUUGUGGCAGAAUGUUAAAUGGCCUGUUGUUAUUUUUCAACAUGCUGCUCUUUUAGAAAUAAUCCAUGCUGCAACUGGUUUAGUUAAAUCAAACCCUGUACUUACAACUUUUCAAGUGUUUAGUCGUAUUAUAGUAGUGAGUGGUGUAUUGUUGGCAACUCCAAAUAAUUAUGCGGCGUCAUCUCAUGGUCUUCCAUUAGCCAUCUUAGCAUGGUCAAUAACGGAAAUAAUUCGAUAUUUGUUUUACUAUAUGAAUCUCAAUGAAUUUGUUCCUUAUUUUCUCACAUGGCUAAGGUAUACGUUAUUUAUUGUAUUGUACCCAAUAGGUGUAACUGGAGAAUUAUUAUGCAUAUAUUCAGCUGUAAAUUAUGCAAACUCUCAUCCUGAAUUCUGGAGUUACAAACUUCCUAACUCAUGGAAUUUCAUAUUUAGUUAUUAUUUCAUUCUUAUAACUAUUAUGCUAUCAUAUAUUCCUCUUUUCCCACAAUUAUAUUUGCAUAUGUUUGCUCAAAGACGUAAAAUUAUAGGAGGUGAAACAUCCAAGAAAGCGAAUUAAUAUAAAGGAAAUUUUGAUAUAUUUUAUUAAUAUUUUAUAAUAUUUAUGAUAAAAAUAAAUAUUACAAUAUAUAGCAUGA